UAAUAAAUCGAUAGAUACAUAAAUCUAAAAUAGUGUGGGGCAAAAGACAAGGUAAGUUCAUGUGUGCUACAGUUCAACAGUCUGAUCGCUGACGGAGAAAAACUGUUCCUCAGACAUGUUGCCCUGCAGCGGAUGCUCCUGAACCGUCUCCCUGACGGCAGGAGAGAAAAGAAACUGUGGGAGGAAUGAGAGGAAUCCUUAAUUGUGCCCUCUGGCUGUAGACAUCCAACAGGGAUGACAGCAGCACACCGAUGAUCUUCUUACGCUAAUUACAUAACUGUGCGUUAAGGAUGUGAUGUCAUUCGUUGGGCGCUGAUUCGUAGGUUAUCAUAUGAACUGUUGUGCAUGCCUUUUUUGUAAGAUAUCAUACGAACCAUUCUAUGAGAACAAGUUUAACACAGGGGUCUGUGGGGACUGACUGGCUUCUGGAGCCAGCCUCAAGUGGCCAUUCGGGGAACUGCAGUUUUUGGCACUUUCAUGACUUCAUGUUUUGCAGCCCCAGGGGUUUCCAUCUGGGUCGGUAUAGAAACGUCACUUCGGUGCAACAUACAACAACGACAACAGUCUGCUCCUCCGUCAGUCCAUUUGUCUGUGUUUUUUCCAUUUUUUCAUUACAAGCUGUUGUUUUUGUUUGGUGCUGUCCGUUGUUUACACAGCUAACAGAUUUUUAAAAAUGGCGGUUGCAAGUGCUGCACUGGCUCAUGUGUUCGACUAAUCAAGGCAGACUUAAAUCACUUAAGGUUCAUCUGGUGCUGAGAGAGUCCAUCCAUCCAUUUUCUUCCGCUUAUCCGGGGCAUGGUCGUGGGGGCAGCAGGCUGAGCACAGCACCCCAGACGUUCCUUUUUCCAGCAACACUUUCCAGCUCCUCCUGGGGGACCCUGAGGCGUUCCCAGACCAGAUGAGAUAUGUAAUCCCUCCAGUGUGUUCUGGGUCUGCCCCGGGGCCUCCUACCAGUGGGACGUGCCCAGAACACCUCAAACGGGAGGCGCCUAGGAAGAUCCUGAUCAGAUGCCCGAACCACCUCAACCUCACUAGUGUAGAGAGUAUCGACACUAAAAUAGGAGCUAAAAAAGUCCCUCAAAACAGUGCUCUAAAAACUACAAUCAUUCCUUGUUCUUAUGGAGUAGACUUUAUAAAAAAAAGGGGGUUCUGAGCACUAUGAAAAGGUUUUACCAUCCUGAAAAUACCUGGUGUUACCAGCUGCAGCGGGCGGCUAAUUUCAUCAAACAAGCUCUGGUAAAUUCACUGCACGCUACCUGCCAAGAUCCAAACAGCAGACUAACACAAUUAGAGACAAGCCGGUGGAGAAAGUUGAACAAUUAGCAGCUAAAGAGACGGAUAUGUUCCUCUGGAGUUGGUGAAAACUAAAAACAGCAAGUGACAGUUGGACUAAUGUAAAUCAGGUGGACACAAACAUGACGCCAUGACUGAUAUGUUUUGUCUUCGGCUCGUUCUGUUGCCUCCGAGUUAUUAUAAGUACUGUACAGGAGAUUUUUAGUUGAUGUGUUCAAAAAUGCAACAUCACCAGUUUGGUAUCAAUCAGUGUGUGUCUUCCCUACAGAGUGAUGAACACUUAUGAAGAAUACGGUGAAGAGGAGCUCACUGACUACAUCAUCCAGCUCAGUAUUCAAGACUCCUGCCAAGAUGCCUUUCUGAAAUCUGCAGCAAGUUUAGAAGAAACGACGGAUGAAAAUUUGAGAGUCCUGGCUGCCAUCGAACAAGGUGAGGUCUUGGUGCUCAGGGGGAUGCUGAGGCACACCUUCGCCUUCAGGGAGUUGGACAGUCGCGGCUGGCUUCCCCUUCAUCGAGCCGCCUCCCAGCCAGUCCCUGAGAUCCUGCAGACCGUACUGACAUUGGCAGCUCAGGGGCUCAGCCUGGAGGAGAGGACGGCCGUGGGUGGAGAGACUCCGCUGACACUGGCAGUUAAAGCCGGACUGGUGCAGAAUGUGAAGAGCCUGCUGGAGCACGGCGCCUCGCCUCACAACACCAACAGCAAGAACGAGUCGCCGCUGCUGCUGGCGGUGAAGGCCGGCUCUUAUGAGAUGACAUACACGCUGGUCGCUCAUGACGCCUGGGUUGAUCAGGUUUGCAGGAAGAAAUGGACGGCAAUGCACGAGGCAGCCAAGGUCGGCAACGUGGACAUCCUGAUGCUGCUGCUGAGGAACGGCGGCCGAGUGAACCAGAGGGACGUGACGGGGGUGACGCCGCUCGCUGUGGCUGCAGAGCACGGACACUUCCACAUCACUGAGAUCCUGCUGAACUGCGGUAGCAAAGUGAACUCUCAGGCCUUCAAUGGUGAAAGUGUCCUGAUGGACGCGGCUGCAUCAGGAAACACCGCCUGCAUUCAGCUGCUGCUGGACAACGGAGCCAACCCCAACCUGCCCAGCGUCACCGGACACCUGCCCAUCCAUAAGACAGCAUACGCCGGACACUACGACGCUCUGAAGAUGCUGUUACCUCUGACCACCAAGAAGGCCAUCAAAGAGGCGGGACAGAGCCCGGUCCACUCUGCAGCGGAGGGAGGCCAGUGCCACUGCCUGAAGUUCCUGUUGGCCUGCGGCUUCGACGUCAACUACCGCAUGAACACCAGAAACUCUGAAAACUACCGGGACAUGAGGAGGAGCGCCUUGUACUUCGCCGUCUCCAACGGGGACGUGGAAUGCACCAAACUCCUGCUAGCGGCCGGAGCGAAGGCGGACCUGGACCCGCUGUGCUGCCUCCUGGUGGCGGUCAGGUCGGGGCGCUAUGAGAUCGUGAAGCUGCUGCUGGCGGCCAAAGCAGAUGUGAACUGUUACUUCACAGUGGUUAGUGACACAGUGUUUCCCACGGCGCUGCAGUACUGCCUCAAGGACGAGGUGAUGAUGAGGCUGCUGCUCAACAACGGCUACAAGGUGGAGAGAUGCUUUCAGUGUCACCAUGACGACGCAUCUGAUGCUGCGAAUGAGGGGGAUAGGAAAAUUCCAUUCUGUGAGUUCAUGAGCCUCUGCUGCAUCAUGGAUCUGUCCGGGAGGGUCGUCCGGAUUCUGCUGGACUACGUCAACCACGUCCACAUCUGUCCCAAACUCAGACUCCUCCUGGAGACACAGAGAGAGUGGCCUGAAAUAUGCGACAUCCUCAACAGUCCUCGCUCCCUCAGACACCUCUGCCGACUGGAGAUCAGGAGGCGUCUGACGCUGAAGAAACUCAACAACCCUGAAAUCAUGAACUCGCAUGUUUUCCCUCCCAGACUGAAGAGCUUCAUACUGUACCAGGAGCUUGACCUCUACAGCCAGGACCCUGAAUGCAUCAUGUGAACAUAUGUGGAUUGUUUCCGGUUGUUUUGAAAGGAUGUAACUAUUUUUUAAAUCUUUGUAAUCUCUGGUUUUGACAUGCACAAUGUUGUAUAAACAAACUUCAUUGUUAUUAUUUUUUAAGCACUUUUUUGAUAAAAGAUUGUGUUUUUUUCCCCACAUUUUAGCCCAUUUACUUCAACUUAAAAGUACUCCACAUCCCUGCUUUACUUUAUUUUAUUUAUUUUUUUGUGUUUUUUCAUGUUGUGGCACUUUUUGACCCAUCCGAGGCUGACAGUUGACUGGGUAUGUCGGGGCCCUUAGCUCUGUGGGCUGAAAGUUGCAGACUGAUUGAUGGGUGAAUGUCAUAAUAUUAUUAUUGCUUAAAAUUGUUUGGCACCAGCUCAUGUAAGCCCCAAAGACUGUAUAUAAAGACACACAAUGCGUCUCCACUUCUUCCCAGUGUACGAAAAUAAAGCCAAAAUAUCUUGGAUAUGGCUGCUGCCAUAUUUCGUCGGUGAUGUCAUUUGGAGCCAGAGUCGGCACUGUAGCGAUCUCUGCGGUAUCGCGUUCCUGCCCAUACACCUGUCCGUCCAAUUGCAAGCAGCUCCACUGAUCUGGAGCACACCGACUGACAAACCCAGCUGUCCAUCAUGAGGUCAAACUUUUAUCGCAUCAUAUUACAAGUUAAAUACCACUUCAGCUUGAUACCUGAAAUGACACUAACCAUCUUUGGGAAACAUUCAUUUGAUGUGUACUUUGAGUUUUAUGCCACCGAGGAGCAAUAGAGAUGAUUCGGUUUCACUUUUGGGAAGCUGUCGUGACGUCCAUCUUUAUUUACACACAAUGGUGAGCACAUGUGAUAUUAUGUUUCACAGGGAGAAAUCAUGAUUUGAUUUUGAUGUAAGAACACUUGAAGAACUUUUGCACUGGUGAUACACACUAACAAUGACUGCUGAUGUAAGGUAGAGGUAGAACGAUCCUGACAUCUCACGUAAAAUAAUAAGAAGAAGUGAAAAGAAUUAAAAUUUCCCCUGCAGAGUAGGUUAAUUCUUUUCUUCUUUAACACACUCCUACAAAAAAAGGUGACAUUUUGACUGGUUGUCAUAUUAAUAGUUGAAUGUUUUUCACCUGUAAUGUACAUGAUAUAUUGAUGAUGGAAGGUCAAUGCUUGUGCGAUAAUUUCAUCUGCAAUAGUUUAUGAGUUUGAAAGAAAACUUAAGAUUCAGUCACAUGUUGUGUCAUGUU